AUGAAUGCACCAAUAUCACACCAACACACCAACAUGAUCACCCUCGACGGCCAAACCCUCGAAGGCGGCGGUCAGAUCCUCCGCAUUGCCAUUGCCCUUGCAGCCCUAACCAAUCAACCUUUGUCAAUACACUCCAUCCGCGGCUCCCGGCCGGGGAAGAAGGGCCUUAAAGCAUCGCAUCUCGCGGCUGUACAGUCGCUUACUGAAAUAAGCAAUGGUGUCGUUGAGGGUGCGACACUAAGGUCUGAAACGUUGUCGUUUUACCCACCUGCACCCACGGAAAUCCCACGCGUAAAACAGGAGUAUAGUAUCAAGCUUGAUACCCCGGGGAGUGCGUUUCUUGUAUUCCAGGCAUUAUAUCCGUAUCUUCUACGUGCGGGUGCGCUUGCAGGCAUUGAGGGACCGAUUCGUGUUGAUAUCACAGGUGGUACGAAUGUGACGUUCUCGCCGUCGUUUGAUUAUGUGCAGCAGGUUUUGGUGCCGAAUUUGAAGGCUCUGGAGUUUCCGGGAUUGUCGGUUGAAGUACAGAAGAGAGGGUGGAUGACGGGGCCUUUCGAGUUGGGGACUGUGAGGUGUUUGAUUGAUCCGUUGCCGUUGACUACGAAGCCAGAUGGAAGUGUCGAUUGUCGGUUUCCAUCGAUAAAUCUGAACAAUUACAAACGGGGUGCAAUCACCAGGAUCGACAUCACAGUACUCGCUCCAGACGACGAAGUAUCCUGGCCAACAACUGAACCCAGCAACGACGGCAAUCCGACAACCCGCAAGUUCAUCGAACAAGAAACCAUCACAGCACUCUGCAACAACGACCUACCGCCGCAUAUCCUCAACCUAGAAGACCCCCAAUCUCCCGUUCCUAUCAACGUCCACACCUCCGAACGCACCAACCACCAAACACACAUCUACCUCCUCCUCGUCGGCCACACAACAACAGGCUUCCGCAUCGGACGUGACUUUCUCCUCGCAGAUGCCAAAGAUCCUCGGUCUAAGGGAAAGAGCAAAAAGCACGACAAGGAUAGCCACCGGCAUGCUCUCGUGAAGAAUCUAAUCGAGAGCUGCGUUGCGGAUUUUGAGAACGAGCUUUGGAACCAUAAUUAUGACCAAUAUGACUGCUUUGAUAGGAGGCAUCAGCCAUGUGUGGAUGGGUAUAUGCGGGAUCAGUUGGUGAUUUUCGAGGCGUUGGGGAGGUUAUAUCCUUCAGAAGAGAACGAGAAGGACGAGGAUGAGGAUAGCGUCGAGGAUGAACAGUAUUGGAGUCUGCAUACAAAGACUGCACGGUGGGUUUGUAAGGAGUUUGGACUCAAGUUGAACCGCUAG